AAUCAAGAGGAAAUAACGUGUAACUUGUCACUCUUUGUACAUUUGCAUGCGAGACACUUCAGGAUUAUUCGCACCUUUGAACAAAACAGGAUACCCGUCGUGUUUAUCAGAAUGUAAGGUAAGUACACCUAUGUUAUAAUUUUUUAGAUUUCGAUGAGAAAUACGCGACUAAAGGCGGAGAAGUUGAGUAAGUUGGCUUCCUGUCUACGAACACUUCAGACCUCGUGUAGGUACGAUGACGAGACAAAAGUUUUAUAACAACCAAAACAUAAUCAAUUGUUUCCCGAAUACAACGAUGAUAAAGCGAGUAUUUCCUGCGUCAAUGCAUCGCCUGUUUUUUUCUGAGGGACAGUGUAUGUGGAAGAUUACGUCUAGCUUCUUAAAGGCACAAGUUUUAUUUUUUUCGUUACGAAAGUCGAGAACCUUUUGUUGUCGUCGCGGAGAUCCAAGGGAACAUAGUUGUUUCCGGUCGCGGAAAUGAAAACUAUGGAACUAGAAGACAAUGUUGUUUGACAAUGCUUGGUUAAUUGUAUGUUCUACUGAAAUGUUAAAGGGUAUAGAAUGAAUGAUUUGCAGGUGCGAGCCCUAGACAACAGGAUUGCACGGUAUAUUGCAUGAACCGCUACUCAUUUGCAAAAUGUGUACUCGCUGUAAAUAUGACCUCGUGUUGGAAACUGUCAUGACUUUUUGUUAGCAAUAGAAAUUUAUCGAGUCUAAUCCCAUUUCAUAACUGUUAUGACGAUCGAAAGCUUCAUUUUUUAACCAUUCUAUUGAACAGAAACGCGAAAGUGUUUUCUUCAAAAUUCGUAUUACUACAUUUUUACUCAAGAUAUUUUUAGAACUUUUGAAUUGUUGCUCUACUAAAAAGACAUUGCCUAACGCAGAACUAUUCGAAAAUAUUUUCAAAUCCAUAAGUCAAAAAACCCACAUUCUUAUGUUAUCUGUGUCGCAGUAAUUUUACUGUAAAGUAUAGAAAAUUCAAAACACGUUCAGUUUGGAAGACGUAAUAUCCUCCUUCGCAGGAAACACGUAAUCUGCUCUCUGAAGCACGUCCAAUGUGAAAUAUACCUACUACUGCCGGCUUCGCUUCAGCGAGUUCAUCACGACUGUACAAUGCGGUAUUAUUUGUUUUCUGUCAGGGAAUAACAAUAAAAGUGCUUGAAAUGUUCAUUCUGUAGUCGCAAUAAAUAUUGCGAUUCACUUUUAAAGCACACACUACUCACGGGGGAUGUAAUUUAGUUAUUUAUUGUCGACGUGUGCGAGUGACACGGCUUUGGCUUUUGCGUGGGAGUCCGCUACGCCUCAAAGUUCUGCUGCAUACAGAUAUUUACGUCAAUUUCAUUAUAAAAUUCGUGUUGUUUUCGUUUUUUUUUUUUCUUCUCAUUUUCGUGGACAGAAUUCCGCGGUCCUGUAUUUAAAUCAAUUUUUAUUUGUCGCUUUAUUACUAUUGUCUUGCAUGGAUUGUCAACUUUAACCCCGCGAGCAUCACUUUGAAUGUCGAUAUAUUUAUCUUUAUUAUGCCGUUAAGGGCGGUUUUUUAAGGAGUUUUUCCAGAGGGUGAAAUACAGCGUCACCAUUUAGAUAAAAGCUGCCAAGUAGUUCCUUCAUGUGCUAAUCUUUGUUUUUAUUUAUUAGUAAAAUCUCUUUUUUGUGAUAUUUUUAAGUUUGAAAAUAGAUUCUUCUGUAACCCGCUUAUAUUACGGAGGUGAAAUUGAAUCUCUUUGGGUAACCUUGAAUAAUUUCCGCGAAAGAGGCUGUUUGCAUUUAUCUUGUUAUUAAUCUUGACUGCAAUUUUUUGUUUCGAAUGUCUUGAAGUUUUCACUAAGAGGUUUCGUGCGCCAAAUCUCUAUAAAUAGUACCAUUAUCUAAAUAUAGCAGUUUGUUCCUCAACAAACUAAUCUUGGUGACAGUGCCUGGCGACGGACAAUGGAGGAACAUUCGACGUCCUGUUCCUGCUUUCAAGGAAGGAACAACUGAACAUAAUUAAUGGCAAUAAAGUUCAUUUGCGUUUCGAUUUCAGAUUUCUUGCAAAAGGCAGGAAAAUAAGCAUUUACCGGUUAGAGCUUGGAUUAGAUUGUUUUAAAGCGGAAACCGCAUUGAUGUUCCUGUUUGUGCAAAUUGAAACCCCGGUUAUCUGUACGUUCGUUUGCUGUAUCAAGACGCUCUUAGAUUCCGUAAUGUUAUGCACAAUGCAGCAUGAUAUCUUGCGAGUGACAUUUAGUAUUGUUCUGACUGGAUCAUCAGGCAAAACGUCUGUAGUGGCACGACCUAAGAGAAAAUGAAUCCUGUUGAUCAAAUAUCGUGAUGCCCUUUCCCUUUCGAAUGCCGUCAGCUUUAGCUCAGAAUAAUGCUUCCUAAACCAAGGGAACAAAGGCUUUAGUGUGCAUCUAAGUUUCUGAAAUUUGCAAUUCGCAAUCUGUGUCAAAUUUCUCCAUCCUUAAUCGCCUUCGCUCCUUUAUGUCAUAUCAUAACAAUUACGGAGGUUUUUGAUCUUACCAAACUGGUACGCAAAUUGGCUUUUGAUCACGUUACUCUACAUUGCAUUGCUUUGAGGUAUGAUUUCGCUGAAGUAAUAUCGAGUUUAUUUUAACAUUUAAAUCUAGAUGUGUGACGCGAUGUUAGGGCCCUUCCUGAAAGGGCUUAAUUUUCUAAUACUUAACGAGCUCUGCAAGAGUUUGUUUAGCAUUCAAAUCAUGUAUCCGUUAUCAGAUACUUGACUCAUGCGUUUGGUAUUUUCUUCCGCUAAAAUAGCGCCGUUUUCCUUUUACGCUGCAUUUAUGAAUAUCAUUGGCCUCUUAAUUGCCCCUGCACGUUGUCGUAUUCCAAAAAUUCAAUACUACAUUAAUUUUUAGGGUCAUCAUAUAACUAACUGCCUCGGAAUAGGUCGGAAACUAUUCGGAUUGAGUUCGGUACCUGUUCGGAGAGCAGUUCGUGAGCUUUUCGGGACGGAUCAGAAAAAUCUCUGAACCAAUUCCAUGAGCUUGAACACGAAUGAAACUUAUUUUUAACAAUUUACCAAGAGAUUGAAGGAUGAGACAAAUAUCUGGGAAUGUCCGAGAUUCCAGUUGUUAUAUUUAUGAGGUAAUUAGAAUACGUGACAUCGUAAAAGCAAAGUCUUAAGGAGCCAAUAGGAACUCAAAAUAGAAACAAGCGCGGGAAAACACGGGUGACCAAAUUUGAUUUUAUGAAUCUGAUUGGUUGCGAAAGUGGCGCGAAAUUUGGAGACCCAUCAAAGAACUAAGUCAAGCAAAACCACAGAAAUCCCGAAUUGCUCCAAAAUCCGAUUAAGCUUUGCUCUUUUCCUACAGCACAACUUGAACUCUCCUGGGUGAAAUGCCGAAAAGAAAGCGCGGAGUGUGGAAGCGGUCUUCGUGUAACCCAAAUAGGGUUCCCUCGUCCACUGCUUUUGUGAAGCCUAGAGACGACGAAGACGCGGUGUCCAUCUGGGUCCAGUGCGAGAGCGAGAGCUGUCAAAAAUGGCGCCAAAUUUCAGCCGAAGAAGCCGAGGGCUUAGGGGACAGCGCGUGGUAUUGCUGGCUCAAUCGUGACACGCGUUAUAACAACUGCUCCGCCGUGGAACAGAAAGCCAAGAAACCCAAGCAUAUGAAAUUUAUAUACAGUCUGCUUCCCCAGGGAGAAGUGGUCAUGGCUAAAUUGUCGGGUUACCCGCCGUAAGUGUCUAACUGAUUUGCUUACAACUAUUAUUGUUCCUUUAACUGAUUGAACUUGCAUUGAACGCAAAAGCUCAGCGAGAAGCGACGAGAAGUGAGUAAGCUUCUUCAACUAGACGAAAGCCUAGUACCUGAUUCUAGGUCGAAUUGAAAUGUUCUGGUACCAGUUCUGGGCCCAUUUGUAUAAAGGGUAGUUAACGCUAUCCAACGAAUCAAUCGCUAUCCAGCGGAUAAGUGAUUGCAAAACGUAUGGUGUUAUCCGCCGGAUAGACUUUUAUCAAGUGGAUAGCGCUAUCCAACCUUCGAACAACUGGGACCUGAUUUUCUUAAGAGGGAAAGGAAAACUGGAGAACCUGGUGGAAAUUCUCUCAGCAAGGACGAGAUUCAACGACUACGUGUUCUCAAACAUACAAACCCCAGGUCGGGAAAUCGAAAUCUAGCCCCAGCGGUCCGAAGGAAGUGCUCUCACAAAUUUGAAUGUUGUUAAUGAGCCACUGGCUAGUAGGUUGUGGUAUUGGAGGCCUGGUGUAGAGUCUUUGAGUGAACCAACUUCUUGUUCCUGUCUAUGAUAUCUAUCACCCUUUCUUUGUUUCGUAAUUUUCGGAGAUUUCUUGUUCGUCCAGCUCAUUAUUUAAUUUUCUUUUUAACAAGUUGGCCAGGAAUACUAACCCGUGAUCCAACUUGCGGCGAGUACUACGACGCACCGCUGGACAAAGAGAAUGAAAUCACCCAUUAUCACGUAGAAUUUUUUGGUCAGCCUCGUUCACGUGCAUGGCUAGUGCCAGCCCGCGUGCAUCCGCUGCGCUCCAUGAACGAGACUAAGAUGGUUCCUCAAUUCAGAAAGAUUCAGGGAAGGCAAUUGAUUGAACUCAAAAAGUCGUACGAGUUUGCGCUCAAGGAAGCACAGAGCUCCCUUAACACGACUGCAGAGGAGAGGAUAGAGACGUGUCACUUCAAAUAUGUUGAGGGUGAGUCACUGAAGUGAUAUGCCUAAAAUUUUGCUUUGAUGUUGAGGAGAGAAUACAGCCCAGGAACCUGUAGACUGGAGCAAUUUUUAUCAUCGCUGUGAAAACUUUGUAAGAAUUCAAAGAGUAACCUAGGCAAUCGGAAAUUGUCGUCAAAUCUCCUAAAAAUGCGACUAUAGAUACCGCCAUUAAAAAAAAAACUACACAGUAACCUGAUUGCAUAAGACUUUAAACCAUAAAACAAAACUUUAACGCGUGCUUCACCAAAAGCCUUUGUUAUGGUUAGUGCCAAAAAAACGCCAUUUGAGUCCAGAAUGCCUUUUUGAGUAGCUUAUUGUUCAAACAGUUUGUCAAGAUUUGGAAAAGGAAUAGUGGGACUUGAUUUCUUCAUACUAGCCUCCAAAGCAGGAUGUUUACACAUUUGAUUAGAAUUUUCUAACGGUUCGGUUCCUCUUUGGACCCCUCAAAACAAGGUCAGUGUCAUGUACGCUUUUUGCUGUACUUAAUGGUGGGGAUAAAAGUUGUGUGAUUUUUGGAGCACACUUCUCCUCAAUGACGAUCUUCUCAUAAAGGUAUCGAAAACUAAUGUGUCAGACCGUAUUGUAGUGAAGAUUUUCUUUCUGUAAUCUUUUUGAGAAAUCAAUACUUUUAAGUUAAGAGAUAUUUUUAUUAUCUAAAUUUUUGCAAUAAGUUUUGAACGUGUUAUGACAUUCAGCAAAGAGAAAAUUGGGCUUGAUCAUGAUUAAAAUCAUGAACAUAGAGGAAUCCACAUGAAUUGUAGCAAUUUAGUGGGAUGAUGAAACGAUCCCAGCAGUCAUAUUUUGCAACUGCGUAAGCAAGCAGGGGAAAAAAUUAUGGACUUCAACUGGAUUAGAAUCUGUGAUCUCGCGGAGCUCCUUUAAACGUUUGAGCCUACAAUUUACCUGCUUCUGAUGUCAACUUCGUUUCCAGGGUUCACUCUCUCCAGCAGAAAAGAGAGGACGUUGGAAACGAGCUCGCAACUUAGUUGGUUCGAGCAUUACUGAGGGCUCUCGAGGUAAAAGGUCAUCUCAUAUUUCGUUUUCCUUGAACGCAUUUUACAGAGGAAGACAAACCCAGCCCUGUUGCAGUUAGCUUGGAGAGAACAGCUCCAGCUGAAAGAGUCAAGGUACCCGCCAAAAUUCCCGCACGCCGCAAAACCGAUACUCCGUUGAACUCUCCGACGAUUCCUUUAAUGGCGAGUGAGCACUUUGGUGUCGAGCAAGAAUGCUUGGCAAAUCCAGAGUUGAAGGUAUGUAAUGAUUGCGACGAAGGAUAACAGAUUUAUAAUAAUGUCAUGCCAAUUUUCUCCAUAUUAAGUCACCCUUGCUCUUUCAAUGAAUUUUUCGUUCCUCUUUUGUUUUCAUCUAUCUCAAAAAUGUAAUACAUAUUUGAAUUCCCUUGCGGGGAAAGAAUUUUUGCACGUUGCAGAAAAUAUCAAAAUAUUUUUCCACAAAAUAUCAAGAACUAGUCCUAAGGCCUAGUUGUUCGGAGGCCGAUUAGCGCAAACCCAAGGUUAAAUUUUAAUUCCGGGUCAUUUUAUUCCCUUGAUCAAAAGCCUUUUUGGGAAAAUUUUCUCUAUUCUUUAAAGAGCAUCCAAUAACAAUAUCCUAAACAAAAAGAAUUAUACUGAAUUUUUUGUUAAAGCUUUCAGAUCUGAGAUCAGAUUUCACACCAAUCCUGGGUUAUCUUAAUCCAGCUUCGAACAACCCCGCCUAAAAGUUCAAACCUGGCGCUUGUGGGCCAUGGCACUUGUUGCAUAUUUUAAAACGGUAGUCAGGAAACGUGAAUCAAUUACUCCAAGUCGAAGCUUACUUCUUAACUUCCCGUGAAAGUAAUGUGAGAUAAGAGACUUGUCUUUUUGUGACCGCUUAUGAAGUGAAUCAAUAUGAGGACGACCACGCGAGACGUGGUGAAGGACAGUCUAGAAACAGAAUGGGGUGCAAGGGUUAAGAACCUAGAGUGAAGCAGCCAUUGCUACAAAAAUAGAGCAGUCUGGAGAUGUAGAGAGAGCAGCUCCAGCAAGAUGGCUUCUUCUGGCUCGUAAGCUGAUGUCUUUGGGUAAAAAGUAUUUUUUUCUCAAUUUUACUGUUUUCUGACUGUAGGAAAAAGAAUUCCUGGAGCGUCUGCAGGCGUUUUCAUCAGAGCGAGGAGUCACUUUACCCAGAGCACCAGUCUGGCGAGGAAAAAGCAUCAAUCUGUUUAGAUUCUACAACUUGGUUCAGCAACGUGGUGGAUUUGAAAAAGUAAACUAGUAGGCGGUGUGCAUAAACAUGUUAUGUCACCUUGUUUACUUUUCAACUGAUAAGAAAGGGUCGUGAUGCGAAAAGACUCCAAAAGUGGAGUAAGCGUGAUCAAAUGAUCAACAUUUCCAAGUUUGAGACGACUAAUGCUGAUUAAAUUGCAAUAUUUCUGAACAACGAUUAUUGAUUUUCUAAAAAAUUGAAACAGUUGCGCGAAAUCGCAUUUAAACGAAAGUGGCUUUAAAAUAAUUGCACUUCCCAACACUUUUUAUAAGGUCAUCGGUUCGCACCGUGCGAUUUUUCUCUCCCGGUUGACGAGGUGACACGACACGUCUAUGCAUGCAAAGUGCUCAGAACCUACAAUUGAACGUAAUAAAUUUAUUGGUUUAUUUAUUUUUCAUUUUUCUCAAGGAGGAAACUAAGGAUCGUAAUUUAAAAUAAUCAUGGUUGUCACAGUUCUGGAGAAAGUCAGAGAAAGAUAAAAUUAUUUGAGAUCAGGAAUAAGUCAGGGGAUUUAUUGUUGCUUUUUUGUUCUGUUUGUCUGUUUUGUAUUUAUGACUCAUUAUCUGCAAUAACAUUCAGGUCUGUCAACGCAGAUUGUGGGACGAAUUGUAUAACGAGUUGGUAGAGUUGAAUGAGAUAUAUGAAGGAAUAAGCACGCCUACACAAGUUUUCUACCAAAAGUAAGUAAAUGAAAUCUUAGACCACUUACCUUUCGUUCGUUCUACAGUUUGUCAGCCCCCCGCCGGUCUGUCUAUUCGAAACUUCGUUCCUUCUUGCUCUUAUUCAUUUGUUUCCCCGCACUCCUUCCCUUGUGCAUUUUUUACGUCCAUUCUUUCGUUCAUUUAUUUGAUCGUUGGCUCAUUCGAUCUUUGUCUCCCCCUCAGUUCGCCGUUCUUGAUUUUUUUGUUCGUCUUCCUUCCAUCCUUGAAUUCUUCCCCUCGUUUAUUCAAUAAGAACCAGGGGAUGGACGAACGAAAACACACGAACAGCAAGACGGGAACCAGGGAACUAAAGGGUGGACAUACGAAAAACGACCGAACGAUGAUCGAGCCAAAUUAGGCGAUCAAGCACACAAAUCAACGAGGAAACACAGUAGAUGUACAUGUUAUCAUGAUUGAUAAAGGAAUAGACUCUACUUCUGUUGUUAAUACUGCGUUGACGAUUUUAACACCUAGAUCUUUUUUGUUUAUAGAUAUCUGAUGCCUUUUGAGCAUCAUCUUAGAAAUCAAAAGACAAGUGGUACGCAAAUUUUUAUCUCAUCUCAUUUAAUUUAUUUAUUUCAUUUUCUUUUCUUUUCUUUUCUUUUUUUUGUUUUUGGUUUUGUGAUUCAACUCUGACCUCUUAUCAACUUGACUUCGACUGACGCCCAUUCACCACGUUCGGUUUUUGUCUUAUCUGUUUGAAUUUCUCAAGAGUUCCAAUUUGUCUCAGACGAUGUAACCAGACCGCCAUCUCAGGCUAAGUGGCCAACCUGUAAACCAGUCUGCCAGUGGAGAAGGACUUCCUGCUCGUCAGCUGUGGACGAAGGUACGUUGCUGUGAAGGGACUGCAACACCAUAUUUUGAGUAAAUUUUCGUCUCUUGUUAAGAUUACUGUCGACCACUAGGGGUAUGUUUUUGAAAAUUGUCUGUCAUGGUAAAGGAAAAUAAAUUUAUGAUCAGAAUUAAUUCUUAUUUUAACGAUUUGUUAGCGCACGUAAGCCCUUAAACACAAAUUUGUGCACUAAAUUGAAUUACCUGCCUUCCUGUUUGCACGCACGACCAAUAAACCGCGCAGUGAAAUCAGCUGUUCUGCAAAAGGGAGUUUGACUUUUUCGAUAUUCCCCUUAGAGAAUUUCCUUUAAACUCUGUGAAUGAAUCAUUUCCCGAUCUUCAUUACUUAAGGAGGCGUAAAGGAAAAAGUACUUGGAAUAUCGAAAAAGCCUCACUAAUUUUGGCGCAUUAAUAACCAAUUAACGUUUUGGCUAAAUUUUGUAAUGAUCCGUUAAAUUAAGAUGCUCUAUUCAUUCGGCCUCUAAAGGUCUACAAUAACCUUAUAAGAAAAAAAGAAGUUGAGUACGAACCAAAACAGAAAAGAGAUGGCUUAAUUCUAAUAUGGGAAAGAUUAAAGCGGGUUUCCAUUGAUGAACUCAUUUUUUUCAAGAUUCAAAACCGUGACAUCCAAUUUGUUGUUACUCUCUCUCCAGGCGAACAGAUGGUGCCUCAGAAUACCCAUGCAACUCACAAACAAAACGCAGAUUCGACGAAACAUCUUGACAAUCGUGAAAAUGCGAACAACGCAAUGGUAAAUAGGGGUAAGUUAUUUCAAUUCCAUAUUUUAUGUUACCCAUUUAUACUCCCAAGUCGAGGGGGAUAAACCCCACGCCACGCCAUUUCAUCAGGUUUCCCAGACAGUUCUCUGUUACAUAUUUAUACUCUCUGGUUGAGGGGGAUAAACUCCACGCCAUUUCAUCAGGUUUCCCUGGCAGUUCUCUGAUACCCAUUUACACUCUUCGGUUGAGGGGGAUAAGCCCCACGAUAUUUCAUCAGGUUUCCCUGACAAUCCUCUGUUACCCAUUUAUACUCCCGGGUUGAGGGGGAUAAACCCCACGCCAUUUCAUCAGGUUUCCCUGACAGUUCUCUGUUACUCAUUUAUACUCCCGGGUUGAGGUGGAUAAACCUUACGGCAUUUCAUCAGGUUUCCCUGGCAGUUCUCUGUUACCCAUUUACACUCCCGGGUUGAGGUGGAUAAACCUCACAGCAUUUCAUCAGGUUUCCUUGGCAGUUCUCUGUUACCCAUUUACAAUCCCGGGGUGAGGGGAUAAACCCCACGACAUUUCAUCAGGUUUCCCUGGCAGUUCUCUGUUACCCAUUUACACUCCCGGGUUGAGGGGAUAAACCUCACAGCAUUUCAUCAGGUUUCCUUGACAGUUCUCCGUUGGGUGAGGCGGUUAAAAAAGAGAGUAAAGUUUCUGGACCAAAAACCAAAACAACAUGCUCAUUCAGGACCUGUACAAGGACUACUUGCCGAUAGGAAUUUUGCGAAUUUAUUCCUGUGUUAAGCCGUGAUAUGAUCUUGUUUGAUAGUAAUCCUUACAUUUUCGUUUUUUUUGGUUUUGGUUUUUUUUUUUUUUUUUUUUGUUUUGUUUUUUGUUUUGUUUUUUGUUUUGUUUUUUGUUUUGUUUUUUGUUUUGUUUUGUUUUGUUUUUUAAUUCUUUGCAGCUUUCCAAUCAUGCACACUUUUAACAAGGGAGGCGGGUCAGGAUGAGGUUCCCAGUUCGAACCCAGAUUCCCCUCACCAGUCGUUUGGUGGCUGUUCUUUUGAUAGCGAUGGUAAGCAAUUUGUUUGCGAGAUAAAUCAUUAGAUGGAUGAUUUUUCCAGCGCGGUUAAAAUGUGGUCAUAAUUUAUGAGAUCGAUUGAUCAUUGCUCUUAUCGAUUUUCUGUUGGUUUUGUCUGUUUCUUUGUUUUGCUUUUUUUUCUAGUGUGCAUUUGGGGUCCAUUUUUGUAUUCACUUUUCUCGUUGAUAUUUUUUUGUAUAAAAAAUGGAAAGUAUUAAUUAGAAAAACGGAAAAAAUUGUUCGGCUGAUAUGACAAUCGAGAUCUACUGAUUCUGGAGGAUAAUAAAACAAAGAUGCUUCUGAAGUUCCUAUACAGCCACUCUUUUCUCCGAGGUUAAGUCUGUUCCUUUUUUCGUUUGUUUUUUUUCUGUUGUUACUUACGUCAGCUGUUGUAUUUAUGUCUGUUUGCAGACUUUGCUUUUGUGUUUUUUUCUUUUUUUUCUCUCGGUGGUCGUUAUGAACAAAAAUAUAUCUUGAAUAAAUUAAUAACCCUAAGCACUGUACCCAUACAAAAUGUUCCAGUUUUGUUGUUGUUUCCGGUAUUUCAUAGAAACCAGGCUUACCCCAGUAAAGCGUGAAAUUGUUUCAAUGGUUUCGUUUAAUUUUAGAUAGAUAAGUAGACUUUGGAUAGUUCCAUCCGAAUUUUGAUCGUUCCGUAUAAUCUCGGUCGGUGCUAUAAGAUCGUGGAUAGGUCCGACAAAUUUUGUACGAUUCCCUUUAUUUCUAGAAAGUUCGGUCUGACCGUGGAUAACCCAGGUGUUAGGAGAGACCGCGUUGUGUAUUAUUUUAAUGUUCAACUCUCAUAGUGUAUCGUAAACUGACUAUUUGUACAUUUAAAAAACAGACGACGAAAGCACAAGUUCCACUUGCGAAGCAGCGGAGCGAGAACUUCAACAGCUGGAGAGAUUACUGUUGUCGCUUGAACCCUCCCUUUACCCUCAGACAGGUCAGUGUACUCCCCCUACCCGUGUCAUGCGCGAGUUAUGAGCAUUGUACGGUGUUGUCGUUCCAAAGCAUAAGUAAAGGUAUGAAGGGGCGAGGGAAAAUAAGGACAGUCAACUACAGUCCAUAGGGAAGGUUGAUAUUCUGGUUCUCUCCAAUUCCAUGUUACUCAUGGCCAAGCAGCACCAUGUCAUACACUGCGCCCAAUUUUCAAACGUUAGUCUUAUUUUCAGUAUAUUAGCUCGUUUAUACAUACGCCAUUACAAAGGGUGUUGACUCUUGAGCCCUCACUUUACCCCCGGACAGGUAAGUAUACUGACCCCACCCGUGCCAUGCAUGAUUUUAAAGUAUUGAACGGUAUGGUGAUUUCGUUGUUGUCUUGGCAUAACGUAGGGAGAGGUAGGAUGGGGUGAAGGGAAAUAGGAACAGUCUCAACGAUUAUGAUGACUAUUAAUGUCGUCGUUCUCUGUCGAAGCCCAUAUUAUUUUUGAGCAAGAUACCUUAUGCCGAUUAUUGUGCUCCAGUUUCAAAAGUUAUUUUUAUUUUUAACAGCGAUUGCUCGGUGAAACGUCGUCCAUCACCUGGAGGUGAAGGCGUUCCAGUCGAGCUGCAUUAACUAAAAAAGAUCGAGAGAGAAACAGUUUUUAUUUGCAUGCUAAAUAUAAUUUACAAUGUGUGACCCUGCUAACUAAGUGUAAAACACGGAAUAGAUAUUACAUGCAGUUAUUACUACAUGCAAAAAGUUAUUACUACAUACAAAAGUUAUUACUACAUACAAAAGUAGUUGAACAGAAUUUGCCUAAGCUGUAAAAUUUCGAGAAAGUGAUGUUUGUAAGAUUAAACUUAUGUACCCUUUUGUUUCUCUUCAAGAAGGCGAUGCACUCUCUAAGAGCAGGUUAGAAGUAUUUUUAUUAUACUAGAGAAUCUCAUUCUAUCACCUCGCGCUCUCCGAAACUUCUGUAAAUGUCCUACGUCUUCUUUUCGCAUUAUUUCUAACACACCGUAAAGCAGACCACUUUUACAGCUUAAACGUAAAUGGUAUCAGAUAAAUGACAGUGACAGUGCUACCAGAGUUAUGCAACAAAAAAUGAAGUCGCCAGAGUUCGGUGCUUAUACAAUAGUCGGCUCCCUCUAGUCCAAACUAGUUUAUACGCUGUGGGACUAACGUUUCGAGUCGGUUCCAUCUUAUUUCUGACUUUUCAGUGAGAUGGUUCCGUCUGAUUCCGGACGAGAUCCGUUUGAUUUUGGACGGGAUCCGAUUACGUCGGAUUUCGGACGGUUCCGUCCGAUUUCGAAACGUUUACGUCAGAUUUCGGAUGGGUCUGUCCUUUCUGGCGUAUUCACCCGAUUCUGGACGGUUCACUGCUUGCCAGAAAAAGGGAUUUCUUUCUUAGUUUAUUCGCGUAUUCAAGCUUAUUGUUAAUAGGUAAGUUUCCAGCCACAUAAAUUCUGUCACUUUUUUUUUCAAUAAAAUAGAGAGCAGCAAGAGGUAAAACAGUUUCCUCACGCAGAGCCUGUAGGUGUAAACGGAACUGCCGAGAAAGUAGACCUUACAAAAACUUUAGAUGAAAUGGCCAGAAUAGAAGGUAAUGUUUAGCGGGGGUCAUUUAAUCUCUCGUUACAUUGCUUGAACGAGGAACUGUGAUUCUUUGUCAAACGCGUCAUGUUACCUGGCGUCUGCCCACUUAAACCAAAGCCUUUCGCAUAAGAGAAUUGUUGUCGUAAUACUCCCUUGUUCUGCAACGAAACAAACAAAUAUUAAGAUGUACUAAUCAGAUUUUAUUUUCAAGUUAUUGCAUGCUUCGCGAAAAAUUGCUAGGUCCCUUAAUGAUUCGAAGAUUUAUUCAGUUGAAAUUUUGUCCCCAAGCACGUUCCUUUUAAUUAUUAUCUUUGAUGUCUCCAUUUUGAAAGUCAUUUACCUUGGGUAGUCAAAUUAAGCUUUAAGCGAGCUCGUCCCUGUUUUGUCGCACUUUGUAAUAAAAAUCUGUCGCACUUAAUCGUCCCUGUGAAAUCUAAAGGGCAGAUAAAUAACAUAUAUAUUCAUUCCGAUUAUUCCUUUCUUCAUUCUCUAGGAGCGAUAGCAGACUUGAAUACAUUGGUUGCAUUAGAUAUGGAGCAGCUGUGAUUUGUGAUAUGCAUGUAUCGGACUUAUAACUUGUACUCCCUCAGUGAGUAUUUUCGGAACGAACAGAUCCCGGAAAUAUUUGUAGAUAGCGGUUUAAAAGAAGUGUUCUCGUUAUUUUCGACGAUUUUGACGAGCUGCCAUAGUUUGCAGCCAUCUCCAAGACUGAUUUGUUUUCCCUUGGUGUCUAAAGAAAUCAUGGUUUUUGUCAAUGUUUUGAAUAAAUCAUUUGUUGAAGAGGCAUGUUGAAGUUUUAUGACAAAUUGAUGCAUAUGUUGCCAAAGUUGUCGAUUCACGCCUUCGAGUGACCACUUGUCAUGUUAUAUCGACUCUUCGAAAACUGGAAAUCCACCCGCCAAUAGAAACCCUGAGGCGUUCCAUGUAGUCUCAGUUGACUCUAUUCCGACUUCAAGGUUUUUUAGCGGCUUAGGUUCACCUGAGAAAUCGUUGACGGUUGUUGAUCGAGUGCGAGCAGCGAAUCAGUACUGCUUAAAUCACAA